ACUGCAGAGUUCCCAAAAUGAAUCAGUUGGUUUCUGAUCAUUGGGACCAGUUACACAGAAACAGCCCUUCAAAUUAAAAGCACAUUAGAAAAUCAUGACUGUUUCAUGCAAACAUUUACGUAAGUCAAACAUGGACUUUGGAGUUUCACAAGUAGGAAUAUGUUGCUUUAGGCUGUUGUCUUUUGCUGUCACUGUUGAGUAAAGCGGCUGGAGAAAAAAAAAAGUGGUUUGACCUGCAGGUUUGGAACAAAUAAGCACCGUGAUUAUAACCCUUUUCAUUAUGGAUGUCAUGUGUGUCUUUUCAGUCUGAGCCUUUUGUUCAUGUAAUGGGUUUUUCUUGGAGACUCUCAGAACUUCUUUUAACAGAUCAGAGAGAAGAUUCCGCCUCGAUUAAAAGUUAAUCAUUGUUUUGUAAGGAACUCAGGAAUGUGGAGACAGAAGGAGAGGCUCCUCCUCUGGUUUAGACCCAUAAUUAAAAUCUGAUUCCGAAGGAGAUUUAUCUAUAGCAGGUAAUAAGCAAACUGUCCAACAAUUAAAGGUUAGACAUGAUUUGUAUAGUUUUUAUCUAGGAAAUGGGGAUUUUCCUGUGCGUGAAGGCCGGCGGGGCCCACAUCCUCCAUGAACAGCUGCGCAGCAGACGUCUCCCCGACAGGCUGUUGUAAUUCUCAUUCUUCGGAGGUGGAUCAUCGCAGCCGCAGGGCUGACUCAUGCCCGCCUCACUCAAAACUGCUGCGGCGUCCAGAGAAUAAAGACUCCAGUGUUGUCUCCAAUGAAUGCUGCUUCAGACUUCCCAGCCCCAGCUGUGGAUAUUUGGGUGUAGCUGAGCGUUUUGGUGAUGGACUCUUCAGGGCUCCUGGUGCUGCUGCUGCUGCUGCCCUUCAGCCUCAGAGGAGCUCUGUGUGGGGUGGUGCAGUGGAAGGAGUUCGAGGAAGCAAAAGCAUAUUUGAGACAAUAUGGUUAUCUGAACGACCCUGCCAAUCCAGAAGACCCCUUUUACCUGGAGGAAGUCAUUGAAGCUCUCAGAGUCUUCCAGAGGGUGAAUGAUUUGCCACCUAGUGGAGAGUUGGAUGAAGCCACUCUAGCAGUGAUGAGACAGCCCCGCUGUGGCAUGGAGGACCCCUUCAACAAAAAACUCCACAAAUUCAGAAUCAUGGGUCGCUGGAGAAAAAAGAACUUGACCUAUCGGAUCUACAACUACACACCUGACAUGAAACAGUCAGAUGUGAGUGCCGCCAUCCGUUCUGCCUUCAAAUAUUGGAGUGAUGUGACGCCUCUGACUUUUAAAGAGGUUGACUAUGGCAGAGCAGACAUCAAGAUCUCCUUCCAUAAAAAAGAUGGCCAUUGCUCCGUCCCCUUUGAUGGCCGAGGUCACGUGCUGGCUCACGCCGAGUCACCAGAGUCUGGUAUUGUCCAUUUUGACGAGGAUGAGUUCUGGACGGAGCAAUCAUAUUAUGGUACCAAUCUACGCAUUGUAGCUGCCCAUGAAAUUGGCCACGCCCUCGGCCUGGGACACUCUCAGUUCAGAAGUGCCCUGAUGGCUCCGGUAUACGCCGGUUACCGUGCCAACUUUAGGCUGCAUUCAGACGAUGUACAAGGCAUCCAGGCACUGUAUGGCAAACGCCUCAGCAGCACUCUGGCCAGUCCAGCAUCUGCUGGCAGCCUGUUUCCCACAGAAAGCAGCUACGAAACAGGGAGCGUCCCAGAUCCCUGCACGGCCCGGCUCGAUGCUAUCAUCCUAGGUCCCUGGCAGAAAACCUUUGCUUUCAGUGGCGAUUAUGUCUGGACCAUCUCUGACCUGGGCUAUAACACUCCAAUGAAAAUCAGCAGACUGUGGAGUGAACUCCCUGGAAACCUAAAUGCAGCCGUCCACUCUCCAAGAACCAACAAGACAUACUUCUUUAAAGGCAGUAAAGUGUGGAGGUACACGAGGUUCAUGCUUGACUACGGCUACCCUAAAGACGUGACGCAGAUUCCCCCUAACAUCGAUGCAGCCCUCUACCUGAAUUUGAACAAGAAGUUGAUCUUUAUUAAGGGAUCAGAGUACUGGCAGUUUGAUGAGCUGAAGCACAUCAACAUGGGCCUCUACCCCAAAUCGCUCAGCCUGAUCUUCAGAGGAGUGCCGUCCUCUCCUGACGCAGCCUUCACGUGGACCAACGGCAAGAUCUACUUCUUUAAGGACGAUGAGUACUGGAGGGUGAACGAGCUGCUGAAAGUGGACAGAGGAUACCCACUGAGCAAGAAGGAGCGCUGGAUGCGAUGUUAGUGUUCAACCUUCAGGGGGCGGUAGAUGUCCGGAUGCAGAGGACAUUGGAAAACAAACCUCAGCAGCAGUGAUUGUGAACAAUCGCUCUUGGCAGAUAAUUACCUUUUAUGUAUGCAUCUUUUUUGAAAUAUUCAGAGGGCAACAUUUUUGAACAUAUGAGUUGAAUUAUGUGUUGCAAACAUUCGCAAAGUUGUAAUAUGAUGAUGGAAAUGUAAACUUUAUGUUCAGUUUUGUUUGACCUGCUUCCUGAGAUCAAAGCUGCGCAAUAAGAAUGACUCAAAUCUAUGGUAGAUCAUGUUAAAUUAAUUAGAAUAAAAGACUAUUUUGUAGAAACGACACAAA